AUGAAUGUUCAAUAAUAAUAAUCAUUAAUAAUUUCAUAAUAAUAAUCUAAUUUAAAACCAUUUACUUAUCAGAUAAUCAAAGAACAUUCAAUAAAGUAAAGGGAAUAUUGUGGUGCAAUUGCUUUUAAUAAAGAUUCCUCAAUUGUAGCAAGUGGAUGUGAAAAUUAAAUAAAAAUAUAUGAAUUUAAAUAAGGAAUCUUGAAAUUAAUUCAAGUCUUAAAUCAACAUAACUCAGCUGUAUCAACUUUAAAUUUCAUGAAAAAAUCAAAUUAGUUUAUAUCUGGAGAUAGAAGUGGAUCUAUUUUAAUAUGGUCAAGCAAUAAUAAUACUUAAUGGAAUUGCUCAUAAACUAUUCAAGGACAUAAUAGUUGGGUUAGUUGUUUAAUUCUGAAUAUUAAUGAAGAUAUUUUCAUAUCUAGUAGUUAUGAUAAGACAAUUAAGUUUUGGGUUAAGCAAAAUGAAUGGAUCUGUUAAUAAACAAUCACAGAUCAUACUCAUUAUGUUAAAUAAAUAAGUUUAAAUGAAUAAUAAA